UUGAAUUUUAACGAGAAACAAACAAAGAAGGAAAAUUGCUUUCCUCAUGGAAGUAGAAUUAUGGACUUGGAUGUUUUAAGAAGUUCAUUGAAAUGUUGUCAGCACUGUAAAGCAGGUGAGAAGAAACAAUAUUUUCUGCCCAAAGAAAAUCUCAAAUCAACAAGAAUCAAACUAAAUUCUCAGUUUUAUGGCAAGUAUAUGUACACACAAUUUUGAGGCUAUAAAAUUAAGAGGUUUUCAAAAAACAGUUAUGAGAUUGAUUAUACAUAUACAUCUUCAAUGCAUUACAAAACUUCUCAUAUGCAAUCAGCUAUAAAAAGCCGCGGGUUAAUACUUGAAUUUUUGGGCAUGCAAGCAGGGUAGUCCUGAGGUAAAUCUGAACAUCUGAUUGUUUCUUACUCGGUCGGGAGCUAGGUCCUAGUGCCACUUAAUGAACUCAGUUCUUACUAACCUUAUCUUUUGACUUUAUUUUAUUUUAUUUUUUUUGCGGAAAACAACAAGUUAGAGCUACAAAGGCGUUAUACUGAUCCUAGAAUUAUGCGAAUUUCUUUUGUUCUGUUUUGAAACAGAUGCCACUGUUUCCAUUAAUUCUCUCGGUGUCCACAAGAAUCUCGUUUUUGGUACCUGGAUAGAGAUCCUGUUGAUUGUGCACAGAAAAGAGGUGGAGGCUGGUGGUACGACAACGGUAGUACUUGUGCUGUUUGAUCAAAUCUAAAUGUUAUUUAUCCGCGUCGUGGAAGUAAAACCUCUGCCGAUAUUUACUAGGCAAAAUCAGUUCCUUCCAGUGCCGAGGGCAGCGCUCCUUCAUCAACUGAAAUUAAAAUUAGACCAGUGGACUUUUUUUAAAACUUUAUUAGGGAUAAGUACACAGCGCAUACGUAAAUAGUGAUAUUUCUCGUGUUUUGAUUAGUUGCCUGGGAGGAAAUCAGCAAUAUAAGACUCACAUCAACCAGGAGAAUAAAUGUUUUCAUUAUAUGCCAGGUAGUGACGGUGCUUUUUUGCGUGCAGUAAUUGUUUAUUUUGGAAGUGAUUAGCGAACAACAUGGCUCCUGAAUAUCUACAACCUUCAUUUAUAUCCCGAAAUGAUAUUACUUCGUAUCAACUAAGGAAUUCUGCGUACAAAUUGGCUGCUCCACAACCCCAGAUCCGCUAUUUGAAGGAGAGUGUUUCUUUUAGGGGUGCUAUGCUGUGGAACAGCCAUUUGCAAGAUCUCUAA